AUGGUUCGGCCAGAGAACUGCACCUCGCAGAAAACUAGAGGCAUAAAACAAGGCUGCCCUCUGAGCCCACAACUGUUUAUUCUCUUGUUGCAUCAUGUGCUGCAAUCGGUCCACGAAUUUAUUCCGGAAUUGAAGUUAGCUCACGUAGGCACAAUACAACUUCCCUGCAUAUUGGGAUAUGCCGACGACCUGCUGUUCAUCUGCGAAGAAGAGGAUGACGUGGCAAGAUUGCUUGAUGUGAUUGAACCACUGUUGAAUUCAAUAGGGCUUGAAAUAAACACGCACAAAACCAAAGUACUGAUACGUGACCCUUUCGCGACAAAUAAUACGACACACCAAUCAACGAUGUGUAUAGGCAAAUACACACUGCCUCUGGUCACCAUACUGCGAUAUCUAGGCGCUUUUAUCACGAGUAGCCUCACACGAAAGGCAACAACGGCCGAACGCAUUAAAAAAGCUUACAAAGCCUUCUACUCGCUUCGUGUGUUUUUAAAAGAUCAUCCAUUGGAUUGGGAAACCAUUAAAAGAUUAUACCAUUGCACGAUCACUCCAGUGGUAACGUAUUCCAUGGAAGUAGCCACGAUCGUGAAAAGCAACAGAAAUUCGCUGAGAAACAUGGAAGACGAAAUGCUGCUGACGUUAAGAAGCUUGAGCAAGGAAGAACUGAUAGUAAGCGAAAACGGACAAAACAACAGACAAAUUCAAAGUAGUUUGGAAAGAUGUGAGGCAACUCAAAGUCAACCAAAUGAAUCGUGGGUUGAGGGAAGCUCUAGAUUAAUGAAAAUGAACCCGGACAAUUUAGAGAUGGAGCAGAAAUCAAAUCAACAGGACAAUAAUGCUCACAUAGCACCUAAUUGGUUGGACGGUCACACGAUAAAUAAUAAUAUCAGAAUAGCGAGAAUCAACUAUUAUGGACACAUACUAAGAAGUGAGAAUACAGGCAUACUGAAAACAGCUCUGGAGUAUAAAAUUAAUGACAAGAAGUAG